AUGUCACAGUCCGUGUCUGGUCCGACUGUGUGGAUGCAUGUGGUCGUCAGCGCCGGAGACCCACAUCGCCCUUUCACCGAACUUGGCUAUAAGAAGUGGUUUCAGUUGACGUUGAGAGAUCGGGACUUCAGGGAGCGACUUACGUUUUUUUUGGAAGGGGCAAGGUCAAUGCCACGGUAA